AGCACGAGAAACCCCCGACCAUCACCAACGGGGAGCUGCGGAUCAACGGCAAAGGGAAGAAGCUCCGCAAGCCCCGCACCAUCUACUCCAGCCUGCAGCUCCAAGCUCUCAACCAGCGCUUCCAGCAGACCCAGUACCUGGCGCUACCGGAACGUGCUGAACUGGCAGCUCAACUGGGGCUCACCCAGACCCAGGUCAAGAUCUGGUUCCAGAACAAACGCUCCAAGUACAAGAAGAUCAUGAAGCAGGGCUCCAGCAUGCCCGACGGGGAGCACCUCCACACCACCACCUCCCUCUCCCCCUGCUCCCCCAACGUCCCCCCACUCUGGGACAUCUCUGUUCCGGGCAAAGGGACCCCCCUAGCCCCCAGCAGCUACAUCAACAGCUUCGGCGCCUGGUACCAACCACACCCGCAGGACACCCUCCCCCGGACCCCCAU